CCACUAGGUGUUGAAUCUGUUGUACGGCCUCGAUCUAAAGAUUCUCGGUUGCUGGUAGUGGGUACGGAACGUCCACAAUGGAAUUUGUGCAUCUGGUAUGUACAUAAUGAUCAUGCCACACUUUUCAGAUGUGCGUCUUCGUGCAACUGUUUGCAGAUGAUGGCUACAAGCGGCAUGCUAUCUGUAUUCAGAAUGCGAGCAUCUCUUUCAAUUUGAGCAUUGCAUUGCCCCGCUACUAUGGGCGCACGUAUGCGGAAAUUCAAAGAUUCCCCAUAUUACAUGGGAACAUCACUUCUUCCGCUCUGGAAUAUGUCACACCGCACCUCCAGUGGUCACAAGGAGUAGUGAUAUACGAGUACUGGUGUGUGAGUUGUUGACGGCCAUAACUGCGGUUCUCUACUCUUCCACCAACUCCACUCCUACUUUGUGGGCCAGUCUCUAGACUCCCGUCAUGGCAUUGAGAUGCUUCAUCAAGAAGUGAUUCAAGUACAGUAUAACCUCCAAAAUUGACCUCUUCCCUAUGUUGACCACCAUUUCAUAGCUUGCACAGUCACUAUUUAAACCCUAAGGAACCAGACCUAUAUGACAGUCAGUAAUAAUUCAACCUCCCUAAGUCGACCAUUUAAGGUCUUACCAUCCAAUGGUUCCCUAAUGGCUCGUUUGUUCCCAUAACACGGUGUGCAGCGGGACUGCAGUUCGUGGACGUUUGACCCCCAAAUCAGUGUACAUUACGUCUAAGAAUACAGUGUGUUCUCUGUGUGUAGCUGUAUGUGCGUGUUUACCCCCCGUCAAAGUUUAUCCGCACGUGUAGUACCCAGAUCAAUGUACUUCCCCACAGCUCCGCGCCCACAGAAUGAUCUAGAAUGAUUUGUGUUCAACCUCCCUCAACUGUCCACAGGCAAGCUUUCGUCUAGCUGUAAGAACAUGCGUCCACUCUUCGCACAGGCCGUAAUCUGUUUCAGUGAAUGUCAAACCCUCGAUUAACAACCAGAUCUAACCACCAGUUCGUUAGCACCUUGGAUUGUGGUGAAAUUGACGUUACGCUCAUAUUGAUUGCGGAGCGUUUAUUCGGCUCUUUUUGUUGUUAGCCAGAGAGUGAAACCAAUUGCGGUUUGUUAUUGUAUGUAAUUAAUGUUACGUAAAUGGAACCUUAGAUCCACUCCUUGCUCUGAACAAUUUAGAAUGGGUCAUUACGAGUAAUUCAACUUUAUUGCCCAAAGAAGACCUCAGAUUUGACUUUAGAGGAAACGAUUAGUUUGACAUAUUUUAUGGAAAGCAGUGGCCAAAGAAAGACGGCAGAGCAUUUUAGUGUUAUCAAGACAACAGAUGGCAAAAUCUAAAGAAACGAAAAACAAACCUGAUGAUGCUGACGAGGAAGAAGGACUGAGAAUCAUUUGAAAAUCACAGAAACGCCAAAAGAGGAUGAAAUCAGACAUCUUUUAAUCUAAACUGAUGAGGAAUGUCAUGCGACAUCACUCGCAUAUUCCACACCUUGGCUCGCGCCCUGGAAUCUACAGAAGUAAAGGUUAACCGAUCGAAGGAUCCACUUAAAGUGCAGUCUUCAAAGCGAACUGACCGGUUGUGUUUUUGGAACCGAGCGGAAAGCCUGCGUCAGAACCUGCACAUAUUGGCGAAUUAUUUGAAACGCGUCAGGCAGCUCACUGGCACCAGCGUCGGUAAUAAAUUCAAGCAGAAAUCUCACAGGGAUUUAACGGAGCAAGUGACUGUACUUAUCGAUCAAUGUGCCGCGUUGCUGGUACAAUUAAAAGGAGUAACUGCGAAAAGUGAAUGCCCUGAAGGUGGACCUCAGUUGAUGCAGCAUGAGCAGGCAAUCUGUGACUCACUUGAAGAAUCAUUAAACAAACUUCGGCAUCUUCGGAAUGCAGAGGAAGAACGUCAACGUCACCUUUUGGAGAUAACCGCCAGUCUGGCCACUGGUGUUCGCUCGGUUUCGCCAUCGCUGUUAAAGUUACGCGAUGCUUCUUUCAAAAAAGGUGAGGCCUCGGAGCAGUGGCCAGACAAAUCAAACCCUAUCAUCCCGAAUAUGAAAAGACCAACUGAAAACCACAACUUCCUAGAUUCAAAUCUCACUGAGGUUGAGUUGCAGUCCUUUGAACGUGAAAAUCAAAUGUUAUACCAACACUUGAGUGACCAACGGGAUGAGCUCCACUUGGUGGCCCGCGCUGUUUCAGAAAUUGGCCGACUGAAUCAAACCUUGUCUACUCAUCUAGCGGAGCAAUUAGAGACCGCGGAAAGCAUCGGUUCCCAUUUCUCCACUGCCACAGAGCACAUUCGACAAGGCAACGAGUUUCUACAAAGCGCCUUGAGUUCAAAGGCCACUGUGCAAUUUUGGAUUCUGUUCACUAUGAUUGUGUUGACUUUUUCACUGCACUUUCUCGAUUGGUACUAUCCCUGAUGGUGUGUGCAAGCAGCACAACAUUGGCCCGCGACCAUUUAGGUUACUGUGCGAAAAGCGUGAUGUGCCAGUCUCGUGGAAAAACAACGAACGCCCUACGACAGCUCGUAGCUCUCUGAAUAUUCUCACUUAUCUGGGUGAAUAAAUUUGUACUGUAAUCAAAUUCAAAACCUUCUUUACGAUGUGCGUGGUUUAAUACCAUUAGUGUAGUGAGAGCGUGCGCUUAUGUUUCGACCGGAGAACAUGUUAAAAAUAUGCAAACUGAUCCACCUGAGUCAGCUGUUCUAAUAAAAUUGCUGUUGUUUGUUU